CAUGUCUCAACUGACUUCAGCCAGCCGUGUGAAGAAGUAGCUGAACUUGAAUGGCUGUCAAAUUUCGUUGAGGACUGCUACUCUCACAAAUUUUCAAACACCAUCAACCUCUCCUCAUCCUCUGACCAAACCAAUCAAUCAUCAACAACAUCAAACCAAGUCCCAGCAAAAACAAGAAGCAAGCGCUCCAGAGCCAAUCCAAGCAACUGGGCAUCUCAGAUCCCAAUCCUAAACCCGACCCAACUAUCCCCAUCCUCCUCAUCAUCAUCGGAUUUGGGUACAAAUACCCGACACCCGAUAAUUCCAGACGUGAGCGAUGGUGUGCGCAGAUGCCUGCAUUGUGGGAGUGAUAAGACUCCGCAGUGGAGAAUGGGCCCAAUGGGCCCCAAAACACUGUGCAAUGCUUGUGGGGUCCGGUACAAGUCCGGCCGGCUCGUGCCUGAGUAUAGGCCCGCGGCGAGCCCAACGUUCGUGGUGUCUGAGCAUUCGAAUUCUCAUCGGAAGGUUGUAGAGUUGAGGAGGCAGAAGGAGAUGCAGAAACAGCAGCAGAUGCUGUUUUGGUCUUAGAAAUAGAGAAAGGAGGGAAUUUUUUUGUGUAAUUUUUUUUAUUGUUCAUUUGGAGAUUUAGAGUGUACCUGUUCUUUCUGUGUUUGUGCUGGUGAAGUUUAGUGGCUUAUGAUAAUUUAGGAUUUGUAGCAAGUUUUCAAGGAGCUUGUGUUUUUAUCCA